AGUUCUUUCACAAGCAAGCAACGAAAAGUUGAAAAGUUAAAUCAAUUGAAUAAUUAAUCAACUAAACUUUAGAUAAGUUUGCAUUGUGUAAGCUCAAAAAAAACGAAAUAUAACCUAAAAUGGGUAAAAUAAUGAAAACAGGAAAAGUUGUGAUCGUUCUCAGCGGUCGCUAUGCUGGUCGAAAAGGGAUUAUAAUGAAAUCUCUUGAAGAAGGCACAAACGAUAAGCAAUUCGGACAAGCAAUAAUAGCAGGUAUUCAACGAUAUCCACGUCGUGUUUCUCGCAAAAUGAGUAAAGCAAAGGUACACAAGAAUUGCCGUAUUAAGCCGUUUGUCAAGAUAUUCAAUUAUAACCAUCUGAUGCCAACACGUUACAAUGUUUCUGAUUUGAGUAUCGAUAACAAAUACACUAUUAAAGAUUUAAAAGAUCCUGUCAAACGCAAGAAGAUUCGCUUCCAAAUUCGAAUGAGAUUGGAGGAUCGUUUUAAAUGUGGAAGAAACAAAUGGUUCUUCUCUAAACUUCGCUUCUAAAGCUGAUUUUUGAUUUAUGAAUUGAUAUUUCGAAUUUGAUUGUUGAAAUCAAUAAAAAAGGAAUUUAAAUUGUUUAA